GCCGAACGAACGGACAAAAGCCGGCUAAAUUUCAUUUCCUCGUCGGAGUCUGUCGAAUGCGGAGUGAUUGCCGUGCGUUAAAAGUGCGUUUUUUUUUACCAAAGAAAAGAACUUUGUGGUUAUUGUGGUGAUUUUUGAACUUGAUUACUGCUUAGUUAAGUGUAAAGUUUGGCUGUGAACUCCCGGAACAAAACCAGUGUGCAAGAUCGCCAGAAAAUUGUGAAAGUGGGCGUUGUUGAAGGACGAAACACGUUCCAGUUCUUCGGAAAUCAAGACAAGAACAAGAAGAACUUCCAGCAGCAGAACAAGGAGAUAAUCCGAAAUCGAAACAACACACACCUUUACCAGCAGAAGAGGAGCAUAGGAAUACUCCAUUCGAAGAAGGAUCGAAGGAACAACGGGUUCAACCCGGGCUCUCGGGGACAAGAAGUGCUUUGUCGUAGUAAUCCGGAUCGCGAGUGAAUCAGUGCCCUAAAAUCUGGGGAAGUUCUCUGGAGUCCCGGACCGGAAUAAAGUGCCGGAAAUCGAAGGUUUCGAAGCCGUCUCUGGAUUGGAAGAAUCCUGCCGAGUCGCCCAUCCCUCUCGCCGGUUCAUGCAUAUCCAGGCCGGCCCGUCGUUCUAGGACAUGGCAACACUGACGACGUUUCCGAAACGACGACGACCAGUGUUUGAAUCGAUACAGAGCACGACCUGUACCGCUCGCCCUUGCCCAAGCCAUCGUCUUUCACGCAGCCCCGUUUGCUAGCAGCAGCAGCCUGGACCAGGACCAGCAAAAAGCUCCCAAUCGUCGCGGUGCACACAGUUUGCUGGUCGACGUACAAAUAACUUGCCCUGCCAGUUUGGCAAAGUACCAAAAAUAUUAAUACCACUGGCCAUCACCGGAACGAACAAUUCUCGGCCGACCGAGAGUGUCCUGGUUCCCAACCAAGAAUCACUCCUGCACUGUGCAACCAAAACCCAAGGAACAAGACCAAAAAACGAGAACUCGCUCAUUCCCCACGUGUGCAAGGGAGCCCCCCUAUCGUCAGUGUGUGUGUUAAGGUACAUGUGUGCGAUCGCCCUUUUUUCCCACAACACCUCCAUCAUCGCCCUACUGAACGUUAAGGAAAAAUUUCUACCCCCACCGAUACCAUCAGCGGCGGCAACAGAACUCGUCGCCACCAGCAGCAGCGAGGACGCGAUCCGGUUUUUGCGGUAGCGAAUAAUUUGGAUCGAAAUCAAAUUUCAAUCUAGGACAACACCAAACCUCUUCUCGGUGGAAAAAAGGAGAAAUAAGGACACCGAGAGGACAAGGAAGGGACAAAAGAAGCAAAAAACACGGACACGGGAAUCCGGAGACAUGACAUCGACACAGCCGAAUCGGGAAUUCGUCGAAGGAUGGACAUUGGCCCAGACCCUCGGGGAGGGUGCCUACGGGGAAGUGAAGCUGCUCAUCAACCGCCAGUCGGGUGAGGCCGUCGCGAUGAAGAUGGUCGAUCUGAAAAAGCAUCCGGACGCGGAAAGCUCCGUCAAGAAGGAGGUCUGCAUCCAGAAGAUCCUGCAGCAUCCGAACAUCCUGAAGUUCUUCGGCAAGCGCACCCAGGGCGACAUCGAGUACAUCUUCCUGGAGUACGCGUCCGGUGGGGAGCUGUUCGAUCGGAUAGAGCCCGACGUCGGAAUGCCCAUCCCGGAAGCGCAGCGAUACUUCAACCAACUGCUCGCCGGAGUGGACUACCUGCACACCCGGGGAGUUGCCCACCGGGACCUGAAGCCGGAGAAUCUGCUCCUGGACGAGCACGACAACGUCAAGAUCUCCGACUUUGGCAUGGCCACCAUGUUCAGAAUGAAAGGCCGGGAGCGGUUGCUGGACAAAAAAUGCGGCACCCUGCCGUACGUGGCCCCGGAGGUGUUGCUGAAACCCUAUCAGGCCACCCCUGCCGACCUCUGGUCCUGCGGGAUCAUCCUAGUCACGAUGCUGGCCGGCGAACUGCCAUGGGAUCAGCCGUCAUCGGCCUGUCAGGAGUAUCUCUGCUGGAAGGAGAACAAAUACACGACCGCGACGCCCUGGAGCAAACUGGACACCCUAACGCUGUCGCUGCUGCGGAAGAUCCUGGUGCCGAAUCCCUCCCAGCGGUUGACGCUGGACAAAAUCCAGGACCACAAGUGGUGCCAGAUGCAGUUCAACCACAAUAGUCAAGGUCUCUCGGACAGCGGUGCCAUCGGACGGGAUGUAGUGGACGGGGUCGUAUCGCCCCGUGCUAAGCGGCUCUGCUCCAAUCAGGAUCUGUCCACCCCGCUGGACGAUUCCACCUCACGUAUGUGCCAAUCGCAGCCGGUGCCAACGAUCACUCACACCGAAGUGCACGGCGUCGAGGAGGCCAUCGAAGCACGGAAUGGGUUUUGCUUCUCACAACCCACCAUGCUGGAUGAUCUGAUCCUGUGCACCCAGAUGAAUCCCACCCAAUCGGUGGGGGCGACCCAAUCGAACAAUCCGUUCCAACGGUUGGUACGACGGAUGACGCGCUUCUUCGUGUCCACCAAGUGCGACGAAACGCUGAAACGACUGACGGCCACCUUCGAGAAGCUGGGCUACAGUUGGAAGUGCAAUGACGAAGCCGUUAUCACCAUCUCGACGAUCGACCGCCGGAAACUGCAGCUGAUCUUCAAGGCGAACAUCGUGGAAAUGGACGGACGAAUCCUGUGCGACUUCCGCCUCUCGAAAGGGUGCGGCCUGGAGUUCAAACGACGAUUCAUACGGAUCAAGCAAAGUCUGGCCGAUAUUGUGAUGAAAGGGCCCGUGACGUGGCCCAUUGCCAUUGCUACCAAUUCUGUGCCUUAGGAAGUCUCUCUCCAUCCCCCUCGGAAUCACUUCUUGGAGGGGGAACAAAGCAAACCAAACACUGCCGGCAAGUAUUUUUGAAGAAGCUAUCUUUUUUCGAAUAGUACCUCGGAACUGGAACCGUUGCGUUGGUUAGCGUUAGAUAAUAAGAGUUAAAAUACCUUAGUUUUCAUUUUCACCUUUAUUUUUUACUUUACGCUGAGCGAACAAAAGUGUGCGUUAUGAAAUUGGAUUGUGAGUGUCCUCGUGACUACUUUUUGGUAUAUGAAGAAUGUCGGCUAGCCAUAUAUGUUAAAGUGAACACAGAAAACCGAUGAAUUCAGGGAGCAUAUUUAGUUUUUUUCUGCUUUUAUGUUUGUUCACUACCUUACUCAGAAAUCUCGCUCGAAGAGAAAUAGUUUUGUACGAUGCAAAUUAUUGAUCUGCUGAAUUGAAUGCUGUUUUGUAAAAAAAAAAAACAAGGAAUUCCAAA